AGGAGCUCUAACAACGCGCACUACACGUUCUAGCAACGCCGCCACACAGUCGCAUCGAUCAUUCGACGAGGAGACGCGCACUCAACCGAUCGGUGCGGCAGUAGAACUUGGCAGCAUGCAUAGGCAGUGAUGAAGCGCUUCCUGGACUGGCUCAAAGCCGGCGGCGCCGAGUUCAGCCGGCUGCGCGUGACCACCACGGCGAGAGGUGGCCGCGGCGUCGUCGCGACGGCCGCGUUCGCGCCGGGCGACGUGUUGCUGCGCGUGCCCGAGCCGCUGCUGCUGACGGUCGACCAGGCGGCGCGGCGGCCCGACGUCGCCGACGCGUUGCAGCGAGCGCGCUCCAGCGGAGUGUCCACGAACGACGGCAACCUGGCGCUCGCGCUCUACCUCGCGGGCGGCGACGCAGACUGCUUCUGGUCGCCGUACCGGCGAGCGCUCGGCGGCGUCGACCACCUGCCGCUGUUCUGGCCGGCCGCCGACGUGGCGUUGCUGGCCGGCAGCCCGCUCGCCGAGGACGUCGCCGCGCGAAAGGACGACGUCACGGCGACGGCGUCUGCCUUGGGCCUCGACGACGGCUUCGCCGUGGCCGAGGCGCACGUGCUGUCGCGGGCCUUUGAGUUCGACCGGGGCAAGCGGCGGGCGAUGGUCCCGUUCGCGGAUUUACUCAACACAAAUAGGCACCAGGACCGCCACGUCGACUUUGAGUAUGAGGGGGACGCCUUCGUGAUGCGGGCGAUCCGGUCCGGCGUCGUCGGCGACGAGGUCACGGACUCGUACGGGCCCAAAAGCAAUGCCAGAUAUCUCCUCAACUACGGCUUCGCGCUCGAGGACAAUAAUGAUGAAGCGGGCCGGAGCCGGGACGACGCGUGCCUGGACGUCGCCUUACCGGAGCACCUCCGCGCAGCGAGGGGCCACGCGUGGCUCCCGGGCUGCCCGGCGCUGCGGAUACGCGUCGUGUCGGGCGACGAUGCAGCCGUGGAGCACGCGCUCGCGGCGUUCCGCGUCAUCGCCGCGAGUGAUGACGAAUUCUCGCAGCUCGAGCGGGAGCACCUCGCCCCGGCGCGGCGGCGCGGCGUCUUCGGCGACGGCAUAGAGCGACCGGAGAUGGCCGCGCGCGCGGCCGUCGUAGGUCUCGCGUCGACGCCGUUUGUCAGCCGCCGGAACGAGCUGGCCGCACUGACCGCGCUCCAGGAGCUGGCCGCCGAGACCGCCGCGGCGCUCGCGCCGCCGCCUUUUGAUGAGGACGAAUCCGCGAACCGGCGCCACGCGCGGAUAUACCUCGAGGCCCAGAGGAGCAUCCUCGAGGGCGUCGCCGAGGCUUGCGCGGUGAAAGCCAUACUUGCGCGCCAGGGCCGGCGCUUAGUUUGA